AUGACGUCACCUCAUCUCAUCACGCUGCACAUUGUCUCUCUCAUCUCCAUUUAUCCUAAUUCACCCACAUCAAUUUCGCAUUCUUAUUUCCAUAUUCGGCAAUUGGCCCAUUUCCUGCCAACUCCAAUUGCCUUUUCAGCUGCGCAUAGACUUGCCCCCUCAUUGCCCACCCCUCGUCAUGGUCUCGCCAGUUGCCUUGGUACGUCUCGUCUUUUCCGCUCUGCCUCUACAACAGACGCGUGCGACUUCGGCGUUCGCACUUUCUCCUCCUCCUCCAGCCCCAACAACGCCACUUCAGCACUGCUGACCCGUACUCCGCCAAUGAUGAGGACAGCAGCAAUGGCGGUUGUCCAUGCCAGAGGGCCAGCAUCAAUUGGCAAACUGGCCAGUCGAAUGCGCUGCUGGUGGAGCUCCUUGUCUCAUAUUGUAGAACCGUGUGUAGCACAGUCCGGUGGUGUGGACAACGGCAGUCUGGGUGCGGAGGAGACCAAGCGGACGGUGGAUCAAAUCACUUUGCAGGGUGAAAGCCAUCCACCACCUCAAUGCACGCAUGUUGAGCCAGAAUUUCAGAUGAUACGUCUGGAGGGAGGGAUAGGCUUUGGAGAAUGGGGGAAAGUAGUGCGUAGGGAGAUCAGGAACCAUUAUACAAUAAUAUGA